AAACGCAGCAUAACAAAUAGUUUAUAUUGUUCCAAAAAGAAUCAAGCAGGCAAUCGAUAACCCUAAUUAUUCGACCAGAUUCUCUGGGCUUUUCCUCUCACCUUCCCCUCCGUUCUGUCUCCCUCUAACGUCAGUAUUUUCUGUAUAUUGUAUUUUCGCUUUUCAUUCAAUUCGAGUGUUUUCUUUCAGCAAAUUCUUCUUUCGGGGGACCCGAUUUUCCCUGAAAGGGAGUUGUUGAAAUUUCAAGUAAUUUAACAAGUAUCUAGAAGCGAUGGAAGACUGGGAGGAUGAGCCUAUACCAGAUCUUAUGAAGAAGGAAACACUGAAGAGUAAAUGGGAUGAUGAAGAUGUGGAAGAUAAUGACGUGAAGGAUUCUUGGGAAGAUGAAGAUGAGCCUGCUCCGGCACCUAAAGCUGAGCCGCCUCCUCCUGAAAAAGCCUCUAAGAAAACUGCAGUAAAAUCGGCCGACAAGAAGGGUAAAGCCGUUGAAGCUGCAAAGGAGGCACCUUUAGAUCCUAUAGCAGAAAAACUUCGCCAGCAGAGGCUUGUCGAAGAAGCUGAUUAUAAGUCCACUGCAGAAUUGUUUGCAAAGAAGGGCGAUGAGAAGACUCUCGAUAAUUUCAUUCCCAAAACUGAAAAUGACUUCUUAGAAUAUGCGGAACUUGUUGCUAACAAGCUUCGUCCAUUUGAGAAAAGCUAUCAUUACAUCGGACUGCUGAAAGCUGUAAUGAGAUUGUCAUUGACUUCUUUGAAAGGUGCGGACGCCAAAGAAGUUGCCUCUUCUGUUACUGCAAUUGCAAAUGAAAAGAUAAAAGCGGAAAAAGAGGCUAAUGCUGGCAAGAAGAAGACAGGUGGAAAGAAGAAACAGCUGCAUGUUGGCAAGCAGGAAGAUGAUGUGAUUGCUGAUACGUUCGACGACUAUGAUGAUUAUGAUUUUAUGUGAGCGGGCUAAUUAUUUCCAGCUAGCCACCUGUUCUUAUAACAUUCCAAUACUAGAGUCUCUAGAAGAGUCGACGAACAUGAGGAGGAUUCUGCGGCCUGUUACUUCUCCCAAUUCGGAGAUGGAUCAUGUGUAGUAUUUAUUUUGGUUGAGAAAGAACAUUGAUAAUUUGUGUUGUGCUUGUGUCACCGUUGGAGAUUGGUAAUUUUCCUUUCUGGGCAUUACUUCUGGUAUUCAGUUGUCGUCCAAGGUUGGAUUUUUGAAUAUACAAGAAAGUUUUCCUUUUCUCUGAAGAAGCUUGGAAGGAA